CGCGUGCGCGCUGCGCCGGCUCUUCCCGUUUCGUCCCAAUCAUUGUAAACAGGCGGAGGCUGGGCGGGGUGGGAAUGGGGCUCCCGCGGCCGGCUCCGGGGACAGCGCAGGAGGCGGCGGUCGUGGCGGCGUCGUGACUGCGAGGAGGCGGCGGCUGCAGCGGAGCGGACGGUCGCUCGGCGGCAGGCACUGGUGUAAUGGACAGGUAACAGAAGACCACUUCCCUUCCUUGUCAGGGCAGCAGCAUGACUGAGUGCUUCCUGCCCCCCACCAGCAGCCCUAGUGAACACCGAAGGGCAGAGCAUGGCAGCGGGCUGACCCGGACCCCCAGCUCUGAGGAGAUUAGUCCUACAAAAUUUCCUGGCUUAUACAGGACGGGUGAGCCCUCUCCUCCCCAUGACAUCCUCCACGAGCCUCCUGACUUAGUAUCAGAUGAUGAGAAAGACCAUGGGAAGAAAAAAGGAAAAUUUAAGAAAAAGGAAAAAAGGACUGAAGGCUAUGCUGCCUUCCAGGAAGACAGCUCAGGAGAUGAAGCAGAAAGUCCUUCUAAGAUGAAGAGGUCCAAGGGAAUCCAUGUGUUCAAGAAGCCCAGUUUUUCUAAAAAGAAGGAAAAGGAUUUUAAAAUCAAAGAAAAGCCCAAAGAAGAAAAGCAUAAAGAAGAAAAGCACAAAGAAGAAAAGCAUAAAGAAAAGAAAUCUAAAGACUUGACAGCAGCUGAUGUUGUUAAACAGUGGAAGGAAAAGAAGAAAAAGAAAAAGCCAGUUCAGGAGCCAGAGGUGCCUCAGGCCGACGUUCCGAGCCUCAAGCCCAUUUUUGGCGUCCCGUUGGCUGAUGCGGUAGAGAGGACCAUGAUGUGUGAUGGUGUCCGGUUACCAGCUGUCUUCCGAGAGUGUAUAGAUUACAUGGAGAAGCAUGGCAUGAAGUGCGAAGGCAUCUACAGAGUUUCAGGAAUCAAAUCAAAGGUGGACGAGCUAAAAGCAGCCUAUGACCGAGAAGAGUCUCCAAACUUGGAAGAGUAUGAGCCUAACACCGUAGCCAGCUUGCUGAAGCAGUAUUUGCGAGAUCUUCCAGAGAAUCUGCUCACCAAAGAGCUUAUGCCCCGGUUUGAGGAGGCUUGUGGGAGGACCACGGAGCUGGAGAAGGUGCAGGAAUUCCAGCGCUUGCUCAAGGAACUGCCAGAAUGUAACCACCUUCUGAUUUCCUGGCUCAUUGUGCACAUGGACCACGUCAUUGCGAAGGAACUAGAAACAAAAAUGAACAUUCAGAACAUUUCUAUAGUGCUGAGCCCGACUGUCCAGAUCAGCAACCGUGUCCUGUACGUGCUUUUCACACAUGUGCAAGAGCUUUUUGGUACUGUGGUCCUGAAGCAAGUGACAAGACCUCUGCGAUGGUCCAACAUGGCCACAAUGCCCACACUGCCAGAGACCCAGGCAGGCAUCAAGGAAGAGAUCAGGAGACAGGAAUUUCUUUUGAACUGUUUACAUCGAGAUCUGCAGGGCGGGAUAAAGGACUUAUCUAAGGAAGAAAGAUUAUGGGAAGUACAGAGGAUUCUGACCGCCCUCAAGAGAAAACUGAGGGAAGCUAAAAGACAAGAGUGUGAAACCAAGAUUGCACAGGAGAUAGCCAGCCUUUCGAAAGAGGAUGUUUCCAAAGAAGAAAUGAAUGAAAAUGAGGAGGUUAUAAACAUUCUUCUUGCCCAGGAGAAUGAGAUCCUGACGGAGCAGGAGGAGCUCCUGGCCAUGGAGCAGUUUCUGCGUCGUCAGAUCGCCUCGGAGAAAGAGGAGAUCGACCGCCUCAGAGCUGAGAUUGCGGAGAUCCAGAGUCGCCAGCAGCACGGCCGGAGUGAAACCGAGGAGUACUCCUCUGAGAGUGAGAGUGAGAGCGAGGACGAGGAGGAGCUGCAGCUCAUUCUGGAAGACUUACAGAGACAGAAUGAAGAGCUGGAGAUAAAGAACAAUCACUUGAACCAAGCAGUUCACGAGGAGCGUGAGGCCAUCAUCGAGCUGCGAGUGCAGCUCCGUCUGCUCCAGAUGCAGCGAGCCAAGUCUGAGCAGCUGCUGCAGGAGGAGGAGGAGCCGGAGAGACGAGGGGGCACAGGCCCACCACCCUGCGACGGUGCCCUUGAGGUCAGAGCAGCUAAGGAGCAGGCCAAGCCCUCACCCAGCAAAGACCGGAAGGAGACAGCCAUCUGACCGCCAGCCGGGCCCUGUGCAUCUUACUGUCAGACGACUGCUCCGUGGUGUCUGGAGGCCUGACUCUGGGCCGCACUGUCGAUGAAUGGCCCCAUGGGAGGUCCCCUGUGGCUCUGAAGACAAACCCCACACACUAAAGUGAGAAACAACCCACACAGGGCUCCAAACCCCUCCUAGUUAGUGUUUCUUUCAGCACCUGUUUUAUGUGAUUUCUUUUUAGCCUCUACCUAUUGCACUGUUGUGACUUGUUGGCCAUUAUUUGAUUUUUGUACGAGGAAAAAAAAAAGCUUUGUUAUAGAAAUCAGCAUACUAUUUUUUUAAAUCUGGAGAGAAGAUAUUAUGGUGACUGGAAAUAUGGUCAGGUGUCAAAUAUAAAUGUAUAAACGCCUUGCUAUGUCCUGUCAGAUGUACCACAUUUAUUUUAUAUUUGCUGGCAAUAUUGAAGACUUUUUUGUUUGUGUAAAUUCUAAUUUCUAUCAAGGUAUCAUGGGUUUUUAAAAUUAGAAUUUCAUUAUUAGUGUCUCAAUGUUGGUUAACUAAUUUUUGCCAGGACCAUUAUUGAUCAAGGAAAUAAAUUCAACAGCCAUUUGAGAAAAA